GUGAAGUAGUCAAGUGAUCUUGAGAGCUACAAGCAGAGCGCGGCAAUGUCGAACAUUGAGCAAUCCUUCCAGGCCGGCAAGGGCCAAGCCGAGGCCGAGUGCCAGGUGGACCGCGCGGUGCAGUCUGUCAAGGACGCCGCCGGCGCCACCGCUGACACCGCCGGCGCCGCCGCUGACUCCGCGCAGCAGCAGGAGCACCGCGCCGCCGGCACCGCCCAGCAGGCUGGUGAGCAGGUGGCGCAGAUGACCCAGGGCGCGGUGGCCGCCGUCAAGGAUGCGGUGGCCGGCGGACACUGAUGGAUCUACCCGGCCCUCUACGGAUCAGAACGCUUGCACGGCCAGGCCAAGGCGGUCCAGGAAUAUAAUGGCAAUCUUUUCCCUAUAUUUUAACCACUGCCUAAUGUUUCAUUCACCCUUCUUUAUA